CCCUAUUAGCGCGUGAUGUCGACUUCCGUGUUUAUGUUAUGUUAGGAGAAGGGGGUUGACACACUGUUAGUCAGUUUAGGACAGUUGAUAGCGAUAUGUUUAAAUCAUGAAUGAUUGACAAUUGAAGCUUAAUCAGUGAAUGUCACUAUUACUACAUGGUGUAGUUCUAGCUCCUUGGUGAUUACGGUGAUGGCUGUAUGCCGCUGAUGCACGCUGAGAGAAAUUGUGAAGCCAGGAAGGAAACAAAAUCAUCACAUGAUCUCAGAUCACAAGAAUUUCCAUCCUAUUUGUAUAAAAUUGUGCUGUAUCAUGCCAGCGAACGAAUUUUAGUAUCAUAUUCGUACUUAAGAUUAUUUGUUGAAAAUUGUAUCUCUCAACAAUGAAUAUUAGGACUUGCAUACUCUUGGUUACAGUAAUAAUGCUGUGUGACAAAUUUCAAUGGUCAGAGACAUUAGAUAAUUCUGAAUUAGAAGACUCGUUAUGGAAUUUUGUCAACCCUAAUGGUGUGGAAGGCAGUUUGUCCUACACUGAAGACAUAAGUAACUCUUCCUCCAGUGGUAUUGUGCAGACAUGUAAAGCUUUCCUUGAACAUUUUGCCAAAGAAUCCUCACUUUUCACAAGAUGCCUUGUCGAAAAUGCAAGACCAUUUCGAUUUUGUGAAACUUGUGUCACUUACUAUGAGCGGGCAUCAACAGUUUAUACAGAUUUGACCACGGAUGCAAACUGUGUGAAGGAGUUAUUGACGGCUGACCGGGUACAGGUGCUCACUCUGGUGUAUCAGAACAUGAACAACGUGUGGACUACAGCUUACUGUCCACAAUGUUUUGCAAGCGUAACUGAAGAGAGUGUGAAUGCCACAGUCAAUUCAACUCUUGCGGAAAGCACGCUGGAGUUCUUUGAUCUGUUUAACAACAUGACACACUGUAUGAACAACACGAUGCAGGAUAUCGAUCCAGAGAGUAUUAAGCAUGGGAACUCUUCGUUCUGUGUCAAAUGUCAAACACAAUACAGGUCUCUGAAUGACAAAUACACAGCAAUCAUGGACGAGACUAAAUCACAAAUCUGUAUGGAUGUUGUGGAUAUGAUGAACUAUACAAGACUGAUGUGGAGUGAAGGCUACCACUGUUCUCAUCGUAAUGGAGAGCUUGCACCAGUGUUGGUCAUAACUGGAGUUAUAUGUGCUUUGCCUGUGAUAUUCUACGUUUGCAACAGACUAACUGGACAAGUUAAUGAGAGGACAAUUGUUGUGCAAAAGAGACUGAAGCAUCCCAAAUCCUAUGGAUCAAUGAGUAACAGUCAGCAGACGCUUCUCAACUCCCAAAGGACAUAAAUAGUGAUAUUGUGUUCUAGUUGUGUUGCAAGAGGAAGAAAUUUGAUUUGAACAUUUCUUAACACAUCACCAUGAUCACAUGUUGCACUUCAUAUAAUAUCCAUGAUCUAUUAAACUGUUGCUUUUUACAUGAUAUGAGGCGAAAGUUCAAUAUACGACAAAGACCCUAACUAUACCAUAAUAUUUUGCCAAGGAAACGUGUCUAUGUCUGUUUACAUAAGUACACAUCAGUUGGAGAGGUGCAGUAUGGUAAUACAAGUUAGUUAUCAACUUACAUUCCUUUGUUUUCAAAUCAUGGAACUCAGUGCAAUAACAUGUAUGCCUUUACAUUAAUUUAAGAUGUACAAGAUACUGUAUUAAUGCUGGUUUAUUCAUGAGCCAAUGUAAAUAAAAAAAAUUCCUUUUCUAAA